AUGACAGAUACCGUGGAUAGUAGCUCGCCUACUGAGGUUCAGGUCAAUCGGCCAGCAUCUGAAAUCGGUAGUAAAAUUAAAGAAUCGCUCACAUCCUUAACGACAGGACCUUCGCCGGCAAGUAGUGAUGAACCGUUGAGGACACCCAGCUCGGAUGAGAAGGUAGAUCCAGAUGGAGCGGUUAACGAUUCAAAGGAUCCAAAACCUUCAAGCGAACAGCCAGCAUCCGAUGUCAAGAAUCAUCCACACUUGUGGUGCAAGGUUAGCCGACGGAACCAUAUCGCUUUGAUGGACUGGAGUAUAUAUGUUUGCCCGGCCUGUGGCGAUAAAUUGAAGCGGCCAAAGGAACUCGAUUCUCCUAAUAAAAAACACUACGAACAGCCACCGUCACCUGAGGAUGGCUAUUACGGUAUUCGUCCUCUGUCUCCUCCGCCUUGGAUGCUUCCGCCACCACUUAUCUCGAACACAAAGAAGGAAAAUACAGAAAAGGAUCCUCAAUUCGAGUAUAAAAUCAGAUAUCUUGAUCAAUCUGGAGGGGUUCUGCGCACAGAUGUUUGGCCUGGCCCUUUCAAUCUCGAAGAGGCUCGUGGCAAAAGUGCUGAUUAUUCUGCAAACACCAUUCUCACUAUUAUCACCCUUUUACAGACAGAUGUGCCUGGAAUAAAUGACCAUCGAAGAGGGCCAAUAUCGCCAUAUAUGGGUCCUCAAGCGCAUAACUAUGGAGUCAACGAUGUUGAAGUGAAAGGGGACAUGAUCACCAUCCACUCUCGGCCGAUAAUCAAAGCAUUGCGACGUUUUAUUACUUACUGGCCAGAGACGAGUGUCAUGGGCAACUCAAUCACAGUUACCGAGCCAUACAGUAUCAUCAUUCAUCACCUAGACCAACUGGUAGCCUAUCAAGCCACAUAUAAGGAUAAUGAGCAGGGAAAUGAGGCUCCAACCGGGUGUCUUGUUGAGGAAGAAGUGUGUGACAAGACUACAUAUGAGCACAUUCAAGUUCUCCGAGAUUUUCUUGAUGGUAGUCACAAAAAGGAGAUAGCCGACGAGCGCCUGCGGCAUCUUCGCUCGCCAUCAGUCGUUACUUAUCCAAUGCUUUGGAUGGUGUUGAAGCCAGGUGUCACAGUUUAUACUGAAAUUAGCGGGAGAUUGGCCGCAUGUGUUGUCUCUCAUGUUCGUUUUACGCCAGCAAUUUUCAAAAACGCCGGCGCUUAUCACUUGCAAUUAUGGUACCUUGACUUUGAUGGAAGAUAUGUUGGAAGGCGCAAGCAUUUUACUACUGUCUUUCCGUUCGAUGGAGAAAGAGAAGUCACGUCGCUCAAUGUAUUCCCCGCAGCGAAUUUCGACGCCGAAGAUGGUGGAGAGCUGCGGAAAAUGCUCGAAGCGAGAGGUGAGAAGUGGUAUAAAUUACUUACUCCAAGACAAAUGCAUUACAAAGGAGACUCAUUUGGGGCAGAGUGCAGAUGGUAUGAGGGCAGAGUGAUGAUUGAUACAGCAUCAUAUUACCACAAUGAGCAAAACAGAGAUUACCUCGACUAUCCACCUCCACCCCCGCCACCUGGAUCGAGACCAAGUUUGAAAGAGCUCAAUUUCAAAGAAAAAUACGAAAAGCCAAAUGUUGGUAUGAUUGAGGACUCAGAAGACUUCGCACUUUGUAAUUGCGAUGACUGCCACGCCAAUCCGCAUAGACGACAGAACCCAAAGUUUAAGUAUGCAGAGUACGAUGAUUUAGAUCCGAAAAAGAUAGACAGCUUAGAUAUUGUUGAUGCCUCUGGAAAGAUUGAUAAGCAUCGAUAUUUGUUAUGCUCAAGAAAGUUGAUCGGGUUCGUUUUGAAGACUAGAAAAUGGGAGGCACUCGAUGUAGAGUGCUGCGAAAUUCCCAAGAUUAACAACAAAGCUAUCGACAACCUGGUCAUGCCAGAACAUCGAUUAACCAUGAUCAAAGCGCUUGUAAAUCGCUACACUAAUCCUGAUGAUACUUCUGGAAAAGGAAGUAGUCCUUGGACAGCGGACUUCAUUGCCAAUAAGGGCGAGGGACAGAUAUUCUUGCUUCAUGGCAGUCCGGGAGUUGGUAAAACUUAUACCGCAGAGUGUAUCGCGGAAGCUACUUCCAGACCAUUAUUAGCACUGACCUGUGGUGAUAUCGGCACGAAUGAAUUGCAAAUGGAAGAUCAACUGUCGAAAUGGUUCCGACUCGCUGAGAUUUGGGGGGCUGUCAUGUUAAUCGACGAAGCUGAUGUGUACCUUGAGAAGCGACAGCUCUCUGAUCUGCAGCGGAAUAGUUUGGUAUCAGUUUUUCUUCGAACCAUGGAAUACUACCGCGGGAUCCUUUUUCUCACGACCAAUCGUGUCGGUCAUUUCGACGAUGCAUUCGUGUCUCGAAUCCAUGUUGUCAUCCACUACCCCAAAUUCAGCGACCGAGACCGCAACGAUAUCUGGAAGCAGUUUUUCAAAAAGCUUGAGGACGAACGCAGUCGGGAUAUUUCCAUCUCUCGAGGCGCUCGGAAAUUUGUUCUCGAGGAUAAAGAAAUGCUGCAUAUCCAAUGGAAUGGUCGCGAGAUCAGGAAUGCUUUCCAAACCGCAGUUGCGCUUGCCGAAUAUAGAUUCUUGAAGCAGACGGAUAAAGAACCUGGAGACAAAGCUAGAUUAGAAGAAGAAGAUUUCCAUAACGUUUGUGAGAUGGCGGGAGCGUUUAGAAAAUAUCUCAAAGGUGUCGCGUUGGGCGCUGAUGAGGAUCAGAGAGCGAUUAACGAGAGGACUAGGAAUGAUGUUGGUGGAGAGUGGUAG